GCGCGGUGCAUGCCGGGCAAGCGAGGUCCUCUUCCGCUGCCAUCUUGGUUUCCUCCUUGGGAGGUUGGGGGCGGCUAUGGAGGCGAUGAAGUCCGUUCCGCUUGCGGCGCGUUGCCUUUCGAAGAGGUUUUAUUCUCUCAAAAGUGCACCGAAAGCAGAUGCCUUUUCUGCAGCAGAACGGGCCAAACUUCAGCUACAUCCUCAGGAUCUUGAGAUCACAAAACUACCGUAUGGCUUAGUGAUCGCGUCUCUGGAAAAUUACUCUCCUGCCUCAAGAAUUGGGGUCUUUAUCAAAGCAGGCAGCAGGUAUGAGACCACUGCCAAUUUGGGAACAACACAUCUGCUCCGUCUUGCCUCUAACCUGACCACAAAAGGAGCUUCAGCCUUCAGGAUCACUCGGGGCAUUGAAGCAGUCGGGGGCAGCCUAAGUGUGACCUGUACCAGGGAGAACAUGGUCUAUUCUGUUGAAUGCCUGCGUGAUUACGUUGAUACUGUAAUGGAGUAUUUAAUCAACGUCACUACGGCACCAGAAUUCAGGCGCUGGGAAGUGUCGGAGGUUCAGCCCCGGCUAAGCGUUGAUAAGGUGAUUGCCUUUCAGAACCCGCAAGUUGGUGUUCUCGAAAACUUGCAUGCGGCGGCUUAUCGGAAUGCCCUUGCUAAUUCCUUAUACUGUCCUGACUACAUGAUUGGGAAAAUUACAUCCGAACAGCUGCAUAACUUUGUCCAGAACAACUUCACGAGUGCCAGGAUGGCUCUGGUGGGUCUAGGUGUCAGCCACUCUGAUCUAAAGCAAGUUGGGGAGCAGUUUCUCAACAUCCGAAGCGGGGCCGGCUCUGCUGGUGUGAAGGCAAGCUACCGUGGAGGUGAAAUCCGGGAGCAGAAUGGUGACAGCCUUGUCCAUGCUGCUGUGGUAGCAGAGGGAGCGACCAUUGGAAGUGCAGAAGCAAAUGCCUUCAGUGUCCUUCAGCACGUUCUGGGAGCAGGACCUCUUGUUAAGAGAGGAAACAGUGUUACCAGUAAGCUCAUCCAGGGCGCCGCAAAGGCAACAACGCAACCGUUUCAUGCAUCAGCAUUUAAUGUUAAUUACAGUGAUUCAGGACUGUUUGGCAUUUAUACUGUAGCCCAGCCAUCAGCUGCCGGAGAGGUAAUCAAGGCUGCUUUGAACCAAGCGAAGACGGUUGCCCAGGGAGGACUCACCGAGGAAGAGGUCACAAGAGCCAAAAACCAGCUGAAGGCAGCGCUCUUGAUGUCUGUUGAGUCUUCCGACGGCUUGCUGGAGGAGAUAGGCUCUCAGGCACUGGCGUCUGGGACCUAUCUGUCGCCUGCUGCUGUGGUGGCGAAGGUUGACGCUGUGGCCACCGCUGAUGUUGUGAACGCCGCAAAGAAGUUUGUGACUGGGAAGAAGACGAUGGCCGCCAGCGGGGACUUGGCAAACACCCCCUUUGUUGAUGAGUUGUAGGAAGGCCGAGGUGGGCCGGGGGGGGGGGCACAGAAUCAGGUCAGACCCGCCUCCGGGGCACUUGCAUUGAAUCGCUGUUCUCAGUCUUCACUCUUAUUUAUGGUUCCGAUGCUCCGAGCCUGGGGGUUACCAUGUCAAUUUACAUACACUGAAUAAAGGGCGGAGUCUGUCAGCA